AAAUUUAAGGUGUUACCGAGUGAUGAUCCAUUGGAUAGACCUGGUCUGAAUGUUGUGGAGUAUAUAAAUACCCUUUUUCCAACAGAGCAAAGUUUAACUGGACUAGAGGAUACUCUUGGAGAGCUGAAUGCCAGGGUGGAGAGUAUAGAGACAGAGACUAGAGAUAUGGUUAGAUCUCAGGUUGCGGUGGGAGGAGAUGCCGCUGCUGCACUAGAGGAGGCACAGCAGGCCAUUCUUCAACUCUUCUCACAGAUUAGGGAUAUAAAGAACAAGGCUGGGGAGAGUGAAACUAUGGUAAAAGAAAUAACACGGGAUAUUAAACAAUUGGAUACAGCUAAACGGAAUCUUACAACUGCCAUCACAACUCUUAAUCAUCUUCAUAUGCUGGUCGGCGGAACUGCUACCCUUGCUACUCUGACUGCAAAGCGGCAGUAUGGAGAAGCUGCCCUUCUUCUACAAGGACUUCUUGAGGUUUUAAAUCACUUCUAUUCAUAUCAGAGGAUUCCACAGAUAAAGGAGCUUGCAGAACAGGUGGAGUCCUUAAAGAAGGAGUUGGGAGACCAGAUCAGGAAGGAUUUUGAGGUUGCCCUUUCCGGAGAUCAUUCAAAGAGUGCUGGUGGCAGUAAACAGUUAGCUGAAGCAUGUCUGGUUGUCUCUGUGCUAGAUCCACGGGUUAAACGGUCUCUUAUCUCCUGGUUCAUCGAGCUUCAAGUAAAGGAGUACACUAUUAUGUUUCAGGACAACGAAGAGCAGGCCUGGUUAGAUAAAAUAGAUCGACGCUUUACUUGGUUUAAGAAAAACUUGAUCGAAUUUGAGGAACGCCAUGGUCCUAUUUUCCCACCGGACUGGGAGAUGUCCGAGCGCAUUGCCGCGGAAUUUUGUCGUGUCACGCGCACAGAUCUUAGUCGGAUCCUUCAGAAGAGAAUAAAGGAGGUUGACACCAAGCUUCUGCUUCAUUCCAUUCAGAAAACUACGGCGUUUGAGUCUCUUCUCUCUCGUCGGUUUCUAGGUAAAACAUUACAUCUGAGCAGUAACUACGAUCCUGCCAACAAUCCAUUUGAAGAAACGGGAACCAUUGAUAGUCAAAACUAUCAAUCAAUCACGAGUCAACCAUUCAAGGGAAUUAUCAGUCAAUGUUUUGAGCAGUACCUUUACAUAUAUAUAGAUGCACAGGAUAGAAACCUUGCAGAGCUAAUUGACAGAUUUGUUGAAGAUUUGAAGAAGCAGCCAACACCUGAGUUUAAACCUGAAACAGGAACCUCUGUAUUAUCUAGCUUCGGAGAUAUGAAAAUUGGAGUGAGGGCUGUAAACAGUAUUUCCUUCCCAGCUGUCAGUCAGCUCAAAGAUCUGAAAGAUUUCUCCCAGGCCACAAGCGGACUUAUUCAGAACUUUAGUUCUCUGCUCAAGGAAGGUGAAACAGUCAGGUUUUCAGACCAGGACCAGGUUCUGAUUUGUACUUUUCUUGUGACAGCUGAAUACUGCUUGGAUACUACUCAGCAACUUCAGGAGAAACUCAAACAGACUGUAUUCUAUGAACUCCUUGUAUAGGAGCUUGAUCUUGCCUGUGAUACUGCUUUGCUAAGUAUGACGAGGAUAAACUGGUCUCAAGUUCAUCAGGUUAGAUUUNAAAUAUUUUUCCUCUUUUUUUAAGGUUUUUGACUCAUUGUCAUUUUUGGUCAAUCGGUAUGAUUUGGAAUUAUUUCCUUCUGCCAUUUUUGGAAUAAUUACAUUUGAUUUUUUAGGAAAUAUUUUACCCAGUUUGCUGUGAAGUUUGUGUCUAGUUUUAUUCCUAAGUUUAUCUCGAUGGUUUACAAGUGUAAACCUCUCUCUACUGUUGGAGCGGAACAGCUUCUGCUGGAUGCUCACAGCCUGAAGACAGUAUUGAUGGAUUUACCUAAUAUUUGCGAGAGUGCUGCCCUCAAACCAAACCGGAAAGCACCAUCAGCCUUUACAAAGGUCGUCGUUAAAGACCCUGAUGCUACUGAGCUGGGUAAGCUUCUUGAGAUGAAAGGAUUGAAGCGCAGUGAUCAGUUGACCUACAUUGAGAUGUUUAAGGAGGCAAAUAAACAGGAGAUUUUGAAUCCAUCAAAUGGAAACUCUUUGCCAGGUUCUCCCAGUACUCAGCUGUUGACGGAGCAGUCUAGGAUUAAGAAAUUAGAAAAACUUAUCAAAAAAAGACUCUAGUUUCUCAAUUCAAGAUUUGUUAGAGUAUAUCAGUGAUGGUCUUCAUUCCAAUAUAUCUAAUUUUAUAAGUUUAAUCACACAGAUAGGACAAAAGGAGUAGAAGUUGUUUGUGGUCGGUAACUUAUCGUACAUAAUAACCCUUCGAGGUUGUACAGGCCACGGGAUUUCACUUAAUCCACACCGGUGUCGUACAUCAGUUCACCUUCCUGUGACAGUGUACAUGCCCCUAGUGUUUUAACCAUUUUAACGCAAUGUUAUGUUAGACAUAAGAAGCGAUAUUGAAACAUUUAAAAUUAUUAGUUAACAUAAAAGCGCAUUUAGUGAUAAAAAGUAUUAUUGAAAUUGAAGGGAAAAGCGCCAAAAAAGUUAUUUCCUCGCAUAUGUCGCAUGUCUUUCAAAUUAUCAAAAAUACAUUAACAAAUAUCGGCAAAUGUCAAAACCUCUCUAAAAUUGUGUUGAAAUGUUGAAAGCAGUUAAACACUAGGAGGAAGUGAACUGUCGCAAGGAAAAGUUUGGAUGCAUGACACCGGGCCAAAAUGGUAGUUAUCUAGAAAUAAGGGGACCGUUCACUUAUUUGGGUAAUUUUAUGGUAAACUAAAAAGCCUAGUAGCUAUUCAUUGGUAUUAGUCUUACUUUUUAAAGAUAACUAUGACCAGAGAAAUAGCCGAUUGAUCGCUUAGAAUUCCAGUGCAAAGGUGUGAUAUCUUUGCAUAGUCACUUUUUAAACGUUUUUUCAGUAACAGCAGCGCAAAAAAAUUUAAUAUUUGAAAAAAUUUAAAUUCAUGACAUUAAAUAGCAUCAAAAAGCAUCAAAUAGUGUAAAUGCUAAGGUUCCUUACCUUGGAAUUCUAAACGAAAAAUGGGCUUUUUCUCUGGCCACGGUUGUCUUUAAAAAAUAAGGACUAAUACCAAUGAAUAGCUAAUAGGGUUUUUAGUUUACCCUCAAACUAUCCAAAUAAGUGUACUGUCCAUUCUAAGAUUACAAUUGACAAAUGUUCACGCGUUGGUCCAAAAUUAUAAAUACAGUUCGAGACCUAACAACUACCUUUCUUGUCCAAUCUUUGUAAUCUGUGUAAAAUUUGAAUUUGUACAGUGUACGAUUAGCAUUUAUGUGAUAAUGUACCUUUUAUCUGUGAUCUGAUGUUAAAGAUGUUUCUAGUUUUAUCUAUGUUAUUUAUUUAUAUUUGUUUUUGUAGCACUGAGGAUCCGGAUCCAUUGGAUUCGAAAUAUUGUGGUUUCCUGGAUCCGGAUCCAUUGGAUUCGAAAUAUUAUGGUUUCCUGGAUCCGUAUCCGGAUCCAUCGGAUUCGAAAUAUUGUGGUUUCCUGGAACCGGAUCCAUUGGAUUCGAAAUAUUGUGGUUUCAUGGAUCCGUAUCCGGAUCCUCAAAAUAUUGUUGAUUCACGAAUUUGGAUUUAAAGGGACUGUAAGCGUAAUUUCAAGUGGCCCUUCAUGCAAAGAUGACAAUGCUCAACUCAGAGAAGUACCCUUGAAUCCUUUAUCUGCUCAUUAAUUUAGAAGAUAUUGUCGUUUUUCUAGGUUUAACGUUUUUUUUCUGUAAAUUUGCAGUAGAAAUGCGCCAGUCCCUUUGUAGAAAUACCACAAAAUGAAAAAUACCAGUUUUUCAAAAUUCUAAACAUUGAUAACUAAUUCAUGCUUGAUUAGACAAUGCUUUUAAGGGUGCUCUUAUGAAUCCGUAAUUGUCCUCUUUGCACGGAGAGUCACUUGAAAUUAAGCUUUCAGUCCCUUUAGAAAUGAGCUAGUUAAAGAUUGGACAAAUCUUCUUGAUUUCUCAUUGGUUCAUUAAAAACAGAUCAUUUGGAUCCAAAUCAAAAUUAAAAAUGUUUUAAAAAACGUAUUUUUUUCUAGAUAUGAUUUUUACUGAAAUUAGUUUUAUUUUCAUGCAAACAAUUGUUGGUGUCUUCUUUUUUAUCUAAAUAUCUUAAAUUUGGUUAAAUACGCAUGAAAAAAUACGAUUAAAGGUUUAAAGGAAUUUUUUUAUCCCCCUCCCAUCUUCAUUCUUUUUUCAGCUCUGCAGUUAAAUUGGCACUGGUAAUUUAUUGUUUGGUGAAAAAUAAGUUCUGAUUUUUCUAUUUUCA